AGACGACAAAGACGCUGCAGAGUGGUUUGGGGGCUCGUUGGCUUCGUCCAGAGCGAUGGGAAACAGGAAGAAGGAAAUUGCCCUGCAGGCCUUGGGGAAGCUCAAGUAUUUUCCAUGCUGACAUAUCCUACAACCAGGAGUAAGACAGUUCAUCUAGCCCCAGGUCAACAUCAACACCCAGGAACUUUGGGAGGAGAUGCUCGGCUUGAAAGGACUGACUGUUGUGGAUGUCUACCAGGGCUGGUGUGGACCCUGCAAACCUGUGGUUAGUCUCUUCCAGAAGAUGAGGAUGGAGGUUGGCUUGGACCUUCUCCACUUUGCUUUGGCAGAGGCAGACCGCCUUGAUGUCCUGGAAAAGUACCGAGGGAAGUGCGAGCCAACCUUUCUGUUUUAUGCAAGAGGAGAACUGGUGGCUGUGGUGAAGGGAGCCAACCCCACCCUGCUUCGGAAGACCAUCUUACAGCAGCUGGAGGUCGAAAAGAAGGUCCUGGCUGAAGGCCGGGAAUGGAAGGUGAUUACUGAUGAGGAUCUUUUGGGUGCAGUCAAGUGGCCUCUCUGCAGAAAGGAUGGUGGCGAAGAUGGGGACAUAGCAUCAUCAGGAAAAACCUGUACAUUGGGCAUCAUUAAGCCAGAUGCAGUGGCUCAUGGGAAGGCUGAUGAAAUCAUCAUGAAGAUCCAGGAAGCAGGAUUUGACAUACUAUUAAAGGAAGAGAGAACCCUGACAGAGGCAGAAAUGCGAGUGUUCUAUCAACACAGAGCCAGAGAGGAGGCAUUUGAGAAGCUUGUGUACCACAUGUGCAGUGGACCCAGCCACCUCCUGAUCCUCACCAAGACCGAGGGUACCGAGGAUGUAGCCACCACUUGGCGAACCUUCCUGGGACCUUGUGACCCUAAUGUGGCCAGGAGGGAACAUCCCGAAAGUCUCCGGGCCCAGUAUGGCACAGAAAUGCCUUUUAACGCUGUGCAUGGAAGCCGGGACAGGGAGGAUGCCAACAGAGAGCUGGCUCUGCUCUUCCCCAGUUUCAAGUUUUCAGAUAAAGACAUGGAAGCCCCACAGGGCGCAGAGGCUCAAACUAUGGUGGGCCCCAUGGAGGCCCUUUGCGUCUCUGAGCGUGUCUGAGGACUGGAACGCUGUGUUGUCUUCUGCCAGAAUCAAGGUCACAAGGCCACCAGAGGGGCCAUCGGUAUGCUCCUGUCUGCACAGAAGGACCUGCAGAGGACGACUGGAGAGCGUCAAUAG